AUGAACACGCCCUCUCAUCCCCGGACCUCUCGCGAUGUGUCGGAGGUCCAAACACGCGGCGAUUAUCACAACAAUGGCGGUAAUGCCACCGGGACUAGCCCCACCUCUUCCGAGGACGAUGUAACCCUCCGCGAAGCUCUCACCUCACCUGAAUCCUCUUUGCCGCGCUCAGCAGCGUCGCCAAUGUCAAGAUGGGUACCGGUCCCAGUUGUAAGGGUAGCGAAUGCGGUGGGAAACUGGGUCAGAGGGCCGGACCCUCCGAGACGGUAUAAGAUAUACCCACUCUUCCCACGGAUACAAGAAGCGCCGAUUCGACUCUUACAGAGCUAUUUCCCGAAAAGGAGGCACAAGAUCGCGUUGCUAGUACCGUUUUACGCUGCGUGGCUGCUAUGCUUUGCGCUGGUCCUACAUAAGUCAGCCUUUGCCGGAGAUAUACCCGGCUAUGGAUCACCAACAAGACUCAAUUGCUUGGCAAGAUAUUGGGCGGAUGGCAACGGCUGCGGCCUGAACGGCGACCUCUGCCGCCCCUUCGCCAACUCUUCCCUCGCCUUCCGCUGUCCCGCGAACUGCAAGCGCGUCGAGAUCUUGAACCCGCACGCCGUAGGCGAUCAAGAGAUCAACUACCGCUCCCUACUCAUCGGCGGGCCCGUUGACUCCUUCGUCAACAACGGCACCGUCACAAACACCAUCUACCGGGGCGACUCCUUCAUCUGCAGCGCCGCCAUCCACGCAGGCUUCAUUUCCAACGCGCGAGGCGGGUGCGGCGUGCUCUCCUUAACCGGCACUCAAUCGCAGUACCCUUCGACCGAAUCCCACGGCCUGCGCAGCAUAGCCUUCGACUCCUACUUCCCGCUCUCCUUCUCCUUUCUUCACGGCACCUCCUCCGAAUGCCGCGAUCUGCGGUGGCCCCUCCUCGCCGUGUCCCUUACUUUCACGGUCCUGCUCUCCCUCUUCACCACCUCCCCUUCCGUCUUCGUCGCCACCCUCUUCCCCGCCCUCUUCUUCCACGUCGCCCUCGCCUCCGAUCCCCCAAAUCUAACGGACUACCACGCCAUCAUCUCGCUCUCACUCGGCCGCUUCCUACCCGCCGCCUUCUGCCUCUCCGUCCUGUACCGCUACGCCAUCCGCCGCACGCUCUUUGGCCUAACCGCCCAGGUAGAGAGAACCAUCCUCUGGCUCGGCGGCGCAUGGGUCGGCGCGCUGAAUAACUACACCUUCGACAAGAUACCGAUUCAAAGACUGACGCCCCACGACAUCCACGCGCAGCCCGGCGCGAUACCGGCGCUGAUCUUCAUCGUGCUCGCGCUGUUUGGCAUCGCGCUGUGCCAAGCCUGGUGUCUGCGAACUGAGGGCCGACUGCCGCGGUUCCUAGCGCUGUACGCGCUGCUCGGCGCGGGACUGGUAGGCCUGGUGCUAGUGCCGGGCAUGAAUGUGCGCAUCCACCACUACAUCCUGGCGCUGCUAUUACUGCCCGGGACGGGGAUGCAAACGCGGCCGAGCCUGCUGUUCCAGGGGCUCUUGGUCGGCUUAUUCAUCAACGGCGUCGCGCGGUGGGGUUUCGAUUCCAUCCUGCAGACCCCCGGGGAUCUGCGAGGGGACGCACGGUUAGGUUCUCCGUUGCCCGUCAUCCUCCCGCCUGUCAUAAACCUGAAUGAGGGGUUGGGCCAAGCCUGGAGGCCGAAUAUCACGUUCAGCUGGGAGAGUCCGUUUCCGGAGGGCUGGGACGGCCUGAGCGUGCUGGUAAAUGACGUCGAGAGAUUUAGGGGCUAUGCGGACCAGGGACUGGACAGUUGGACGUGGGUCAAGAAAGAAGAGGGAGAGGGAAUGCCGGAGUAUUUCCGGUUUGGGUAUAUGAGCGGGAGCGUAGUGGGGGAUUAUACCAAGGCGGGCGUUUGGGGGAGAGAGGGGGGAUGGAGGGAGAUGGGGCCGGGGCCGAGCUAG